AUGUCAGCUGAUAAGGUUGCUGAGAGCAAAACAUACAUUGAAACAUCAAAGGUCCGUGAAGUUCUUCAAGAAGGCCUCAACUUGGCUCUUGAAAAGAAGCCAGAAGAUCUUGCUGGCUUCCUUUCCAAAUUAUUAGAAUCUCGCGCUCUUCCACCAACAAUCCAUCACCUUGUUGGCCGUGAAGUUCUUGAUUCUCGCGGAAAUCCAACAGUUGAAGUCGAUGUUUACGCAAACUUCUGCGGCAGAGUUGUUUUCGCCGGUCGUUCUUCUGCUCCAUCUGGUGCUUCUACAGGCUCCAACGAAGCUGUUGAACUUCGUGAUAAGGAUCCAAAGCGUUACAACGGCAAGGGCACAUUAAAGGCCGCUAAGAAUGUUACCGAAAUCAUUUCUCCAGCUCUUAAGGACGUCCGCCUCGAGGAUCUCUACGAUCUUGAUUCCAAGAUCCGCAAGCUCGAUGGCACAGAGCUCAAGACAAACCUUGGUGGCAACGCAUGCACAGCCACAUCCUUCGCUCUUGCAACAGCUGCCGCUAAGCUUUAUGAUGAACCACUCUUCGUUUACCUUGCUCGAAUGUUCCACAAGGAGAUGCCAGAGAAGUUCAAACUCCCACAGCCAUUCUUCAACAUCCUCAACGGUGGCAAGCACGCCGGAGGCAACCUUAAGCUCCAGGAAUUCAUGGUCGCUCCAUCUACAACACACCCAUUCCCAGAUCAGCUCCGCAUGGUCGCUGAAGUCUACCAGAAAUUAGGCGCAAGACUCGUCAAGGAUUACGACGUUUCCGCUAAGAACCUUGGUGAUGAGGGAGGCUAUGCUCCACUCCUCAACUCCCCAGAGGAAACACUCACCAUCAUCGAAGCCGCCAUCCAAGAUGCUGGCUAUGUUCCAGGCGAAGACAUCUUCAUCGGCCUCGAUGCUGCCUCAUCCGAAUUCUACGAUGAGAACAAGAAGCUCUACGAAGUCGAAGUCGGCGUUUUCAAGACAGGCGCUGAAAUGGUCGAAUACUGGAAGAACCUCGUCGAGAAGCACCCAGCUAUCAUCUCCAUCGAAGAUGGCCUUCAGGAGAAGGACUACGAGCACUGGAAGCUCCUCAACUCCGUCCUCGGUGACAGGAUUCAACUCGUCGGUGAUGAUCUUUACACAACAAACCCGAAGACAAUCGAGAAGGGUAUCAAGGGCAAGUGGUGCAACGCACUUCUUCUCAAGGUCAACCAGAUCGGUACAAUCUCAGAAGCUAUGAGAGCUGCUUCCCUCAUUCUCAAGGAAGGACAGAAUGUCAUGGUUUCUCACCGCUCAGGCGAGACAGGCAACUCCCUCAUCGCUGAUCUUGCUGUCGCCAUCGGCGCCCAGUCAAUCAAGACAGGCUCAACAGCCCGCGGAGAACGUAUCCAGAAGUACACAAGACUUCUCCAGAUCUACGAGUACCUCAAGGAGAACGACAUGCUCGAAGAAUAA